AUGACGAUUGACCGUGAUAUGAUGUACGGGGCUUUUGUGGUCAAGUCGAUUUAUCUAAAACGCCCUACAAUGGACGGUUGUAUCGACUGGUCGGUGGACCUGAAGAAGUACAGAGUGCUGGCGGGCGAGCCGGUCAGAGUGAAGUGCGCCCUCUUCUACAGCUACAUCAGGACCAACUACUCCAUGGCCCAGAGCGCCAAGCUGCGGCUCAUCUGGUACAAGAAUAAGGGUGACUCUGAGGAGCCCAUCAUCUUCUCGGGGCACAGGCUGAGCAAAGAGGACGACUCCAUCUGGUUCCGGUCAGCCGAGAUGGAGGAUAACGGUUUCUACACCUGUGUCCUCAGGAACUCCACGUACUGCAUGAAAGUGUCCAUGUCCCUGACGGUGGAGGAGAGCGACGAUGGCCUGUGCUUCAACAGCAAGAUACGCCACCUGGAGAAGGCCGAGAUCACCAAGAGCAAGAUGAUCACCUGCCCCGACAUCGAUGAUUACCUGGCUCCCUACAAGCAGCCCAUGAUGACAUGGUAUAAGGAGUGUCAGAAGAAGACGUGGCGGAGUUCAAUCAUUGUGAACACCACCAGUGUGUGGAUCCCAGAGGUGGAGGAGGACGAUGGGGGGAACUACACCUGCGAGCUGAAGUACGGCAGCAGAGUGGUGCGGCGGACCACAGAGCUCAAAGUCACAGCUCUCCUCACCACCAGGCCCCCGAAGGUUCUGUUCCCCACAGAGAAGCAGCCCAGUGUUAUAGAUGUCCAGCUAGGCAUGCCUCUCAGCCUGGACUGCAGGGCUUUCUUUGGCUACAGCGGAGAGUCCAGACCCAUCAUCUACUGGAUGAAGGGGGAGAAGUUUGUGGAGGAGCUGGAGGGUCACAUCAAAGAAAGUGAAGUCAGGGUCCUCAGAGAGUACCUGGGGGAGAAGGAGGUGGAGCUGUCCCUGACCUUCGACGCCGUGGAGGAGGGCGACAUGGGCAACUACACCUGCUACGUGGAGAACCACAUCGGCCGCAGACACGCCAGCGCCAUCCUGCAGAAAAGAGACAUGUACAGGCUGGAGCUGGCUGGAGGACUGGGAGCCAUCCUGCUUCUUUUGGGUCUCCUCACUGCCAUCUACAAGUGCUACAACGUGGAGAUCAUGCUCUGCUACCGCAGGCACUUCGGAAGUGACGAGGCAGAGGAUGACAACAAGGAGUAUGAUGCGUAUUUGUCCUACACCAAAGUGGACCUCGAGUCUCUGCACCGUAACACCAGCGAGGAAGAGCAGUUUGCACUGGAGGUCCUUCCGGAUGUUCUUGAGAAACACUACGGGUACAAGCUCUUCAUCCCAGACCGUGACCUCAUCCCCAGCAGCAUCUACAUUGAGGACCUGGCACGGAGCGUGGAGCAGAGUCGCCGGCUCAUCAUCGUGCUGACGCCUGAGUUUGUGGCAAAGCGUGGCUGGAGCAUCUUCCAGCUGGAGACGCGCCUCCACAGCAUGCUGGUGACCGGGGAGAUCAAGGUCAUCAUGAUCGAGUGCGCGGAUCUGAAGAGCGUCAUCAACUACCAGGAGGUGGAGGCCCUCAAGCACACCAUCAAGCUCCUCUCCAUCAUCAAGUGGCGGGGCCCCAAGAGCAACCAGCUCAAGUCCAAAUUCUGGAAGCAGGUUCUAUACGAGAUGCCCGUCAAGAGGAAGGAGACGCUGUCCCGCCGGCAGGUGCUGGACUCCGGCGAGCAGGGCCUGUUCGGCGACCUGCAGACGGUCUCCACCAUCGCCAUGACCACCACCUCCGCCUCGCUGGCGCCCUCCCACGCUGAGAUCCCUGACUUUAAUCAGACCAACCACCCCCAGAUGAGACACUUGUGCCGGAGUUAUGAGUACGAGAUGCCUUCUUCACCGGUGCAGAUAGCCACCCUGGGAAACCGGCACAUGUACUGCAACAUCCCCAUGACCCUUCUCAAUGGACAGGUGGCGCAGAACAACUCCACUGGCAAGAGCAAGCCAGAGAUCCACUUGAACAGCACGUUCGUCCCGCUGUCCGGGCGGGAGCUCACCAGCGACAUCUGGUAG